CUAUCGGGACAAAAGCAAAAAAGAGUAUUCUACUCACUUGCUUAUCAACACGCGGUAUAUGAUUUCAUAUGUAGAUGUGAUACUUCGACCAAUAAACUAUUUGAGUUUGGUUUAAUGUAUUGGAUCUAUCAAAACAAUCAACCAAUUAAAUUCGCAUAACUUUGAAGUGUCUUCUUUCCCAUCACAAAUAUAUGUAAUAUGAAACGGUUAUGUUAAUAUAAGAAUAAAAUAUUUUUUAUACAAUGAAUAUUCUGCAACCUGAAUUGAUUUGGAUAGAUGGUCGGUGUUACAGACUAUUCGGAAAUAUCGAAAGGCCAAGUGCCCAAAAUAUUUCUCCUUAUUUUGAAGAUAACUAUCAAAUGGAUUAUAAAGAUUCUGAAGAUGAAUGUGAUAUAGAAAUUGUACCAUAUGAAUCGACAAGAUUUAAACAUACCUUUCAUGUGUCAAAAUCAUUCUUUCCAUUUAUUAUUGGAUCUAAACAUGCAGUACGUAAAAAAUUAGAAAAUGAAACUAGAACAUCAAUACAAAUUCCAAGAUUAGGUGAAGAUGGAGAUAUUGUAAUAAUUGGUACUGACCGUAAAGGAAUAAUGACAGCACGUCGUAGAAUAAAUUUAUUAAUGGAAGCAAGUAGAAAAAAAAUACCAUCAACACAUUUUUUAUCAAUACCUUUAAAUGAAGGUCACAUAAUAAUGAAUUUUAACAUGUUUAAAAAUGAAGUACUAAAAAAUUCUGGAAAAAAAUCUAAUGGUAUUGAUGAAAUGAUUUUUCAAAUACCAAGCAAAUUACAUCUUACUAUUGCAUUAUUAACGUUACUUGAUGAUACAGAAAAAAAUCAAGCUAUAGAAGCUUUGAAUUAUUGUCAUCAGCAUAUUGUAAAGCCUAUAAUUGAAAAAUAUGGACAAAUUCCUAUAUACUUACAAGGAACUGAUAUAAUGAAUGAUGAUCCUAGUGAAACUCGAGUUUUAUAUGCAAAAUUAAUUGACAAUGAGGCUUUGGAAAAAAUGGUAGAUGAAAUUGUAGAUUAUUAUAAUAGGAUAGGUUUAUUAUAUAAAGAAACAGAGAAAGUUAAGUUACAUUUGACUCUUAUGAAUACAAAAUUUAAAUUAAAUGAAGAAGAAAAUCAUUAUGAAAAAUAUAAAACAUUUGAUGCAACAGAAAUAAUGAAAGCUCAUAAAAAUACAAUUUUUGGAGAAACUACACUGAAACAAAUUCAUUUAUCUCAACGUCAUACCAUUAGUAGUAAUGGAUAUUAUCAUGCAAUUGCGAAAAUUAAUUUACUUGAAGGUUUAUAAAUGAUAUAUAUCAUUAUUUGAAUAUAUAUAAGAUAUUAUAUAUUCAUGGAAUACAGAAGAUUGAUUUUAUAGAUCAAAACAAAUAUAAAUAUUAAUAUAAAAAAAUUUUGAGGGUUAUUUAUAAGAAAUUUUAGAGCAAAAUAAUUGUAUGAUAAAGAUAGAACCAUCUCAUUAUAUAUGUUCUUCUGUUUUACUUUAUUUAAUGCAAAUUCAAAUUAUUU